UUUGUGUCGACCACAACAACAACAUCAUUGACGACCAAUUGAAUGAAGUAAUCGACAGUUGAUUUGAUGACAACAACAACAACAAACUUAUUGGUCAUUGAAAUCAACUCAUGAUUACAACAAUGAAUGAGUCAUUAACUGGUCGUAGACUGAGUCAGCUUAGGUCGCAAUUGCUAUCUAUUAGUAGGUCUCGUGUGAUCAACAAGACAUCCACUUUAAGACUGACUUCACUUCAAACAUACUGUCCAUUAGUCCAGUAUAUACUCAACAAUACAAUGGAUGGCAUUAUUUUGAUUGCCGUACAGGACGUGCUGUCGUACGCCAUUGCCAUCAAUGCUUUCAACUAUAAUGAACGAGUUGUUGAGCUCAUAGCAGGCUUAACACAACUGCUUGUUGACUUCGGACACACUAUUCCUCAGCAGUGGCCAAUAGUGACCGAAACUAAUCAUGAAUUUAUGAGGGAAUGGUUGGAUAGGCUGUUGAUUACGAGAUUGUCUCAACUGACGAUUGAUGACAAUCCAGUAUACAAUACUCUAACGGCUAUUAUCGAGACUUACCGAAGACCACUCAACGGACACAUUACGCCCGAACUCAUAGCAGUGGCUGAACAGCCAUUGGAAGAGUCGUCGUCGUCGGCUAGUAGUGGCAAAUCACUAGUCGAUCAAUUGGUUGACUUAGAAGAACCUGACGUUGCUGUCUGGCCUUCUGAUCAACUCUCAGACGUAUCUAGCGAUCCAUUGCCACCUCUUAGUAAUGAUUCGCAACACAAUCUAUCAUCAAGUAGUGGCUCAUCCGUUGAUUUAUCACCAAAACCAUCAACUUCUUCACAAAAAUAA